AAUCAUCAUUUCCGGUUGUUACCCGCUGAAACGGCCCAAAGAUUGUACGCCAUUACUACACACUGACGCUACACCGUAUUAUUUCAAACGUUUCAUUGAUUUUUACUACAUUUCGUUAAAUUUGUUUAUAUUAAAACUUCCAUAAUGAGUGAUAUCGAGAGAAGCGGUAGUCGUAGUGCAAGUCCUCGAAGACCACGAACAGCAGACGGCGGUUUAAGAGAUUCACGUUCACAUUCAAGAUCACGUAAAUCAAGAGAACGCAAAGAAUCUCAUCGGCCGGUGAAAGAAUAUUCAAGAUCAAGAAGCCGUUCUGUAUCCAGAGGAAGAAAAUCGUAUCGUAGUAGCAAAUACGCUAGUGCAGGUCAUCGUGGUAGUAGUCGCAGUCGUAGUCGUACUCCUUACAGGGGUGGACGAUAUUCCCGAAGCAGAUCUCGUUCGUAUUCCCGUUCCCGUUAUUCUCGGGAACGCGAUAGGAACAUUUAUCGUUCACAUUCUCGAAGUCCAAUGUCUUCUAGACGACGUCAUGUCGGUAACAGGGACAAUCCUAAUCCCUCUCGUUGCUUAGGUGUGUUUGGACUUUCUAUUUUCACAACCGAACAACAAAUAUAUCACAUCUUUUCCAAACACGGACCUGUUGAACGUGUACAAGUUGUAUUCGAUGCAAAGACCGGGCGGUCCAGAGGAUUUUGCUUUGUAUAUUUUGAAUCUGCAGAAGAUGCUAAAGUAGCAAGAGAACAGUGCACAGGAAUGGAAAUUGAUGGCCGAAGAAUAAGGGUAGCUUUCUCGAUCACACAGCGAGCUCAUACACCCACGCCCGGAAUUUACAUGGGAAAACCUACACAUUUGCACGACCGAGGGUGGGAUGGAUCUAGACGUAGGGAAAGUAGUUACAGAGGAAGCUACCGACGGUCACCCAGUCCAUACUACAGUCGUCGACGUUCACGCUACGACAGAUCCAGAUCGCGCUCCUAUUCUCCGCGUAAGUUUGCUUUUAGUUCUUCUAUAAAAUCUAAUAUAAGCAGUCUACAUGGAUAUGUGUCUCCUUUGAAAUAAUACUUCUGUCACAUGAAAAUACAAUUAAUCUAUAGAUUCAUGCACACAGGAUACAGAAAUAAAAAACUCAUUGAUUUGAUAUUGUAUAAUUCGCUGAAACCUCUUUUUUUCUUCCUUUUUGUGAAAUUAAAAGAACAACAUAUUACAGUACACACACAUGAAUACGUAUACAUACAAUAUGAAUAUGUACCAUAUUAUGUUAGACUUGUUUUCGUUAUCUCUAACAUUUAAUAAAUGCAGUAAUAUUAAUAUAAGUUAUUAUGUAAGAAUAUACUAAUACAAUUUUAUGAUCCAUCGUGUAAGGUUGGUAGAAGCAAAGCAAACGAAAAAUCAUUAAAUGCCGUGUCGCUUGUAUACAAUGUAAAAAAAAGUGAUAUACAAGUUAGUACUUCCUAUAGAAUUAAAAUUUAUAAGUGGUUUAAAAAUUUGUACAACAGUCACUUAUGCCAAAAACUUCUUUAAUUUGGAUUCAUAUUUUCGUAGACCGCUUAUAUUUAAGUUGAAGCAAAAUGUUUAAGUACAAAUAAGUAGUUAAAUUAGCAAGAAUGGAAGGCAGGAGCAUCAAGGAAUGCAUCCAAUAAGUCGUACGGUAGUAACUAAGCGUAACCCGUAAGAUGGGUCAAACAAUCAUAGUUUUUGUUGCUUAAUGAAUUUCAGGUCGAUAUUAAGUGACACGAGUGUGAUGCGAGAGGCCAGGUGUUUGGGAGACCAUUUGUGUGACUUGACCCUUUGACCUCAAAUUUCUUCUAACAAUACUGUACCGGGUCAAAAAAUGCAAACGCUACAUUCUUACUACUAUUCUUACCUUACCUAAUUCUGCAUCAUAUGCAAUUAAUAUAUGGCAUUUAAAUAACGAUAUUGUACAAUAUCAAUUAAUGAGAAAUAAUUUAAUGUGCAAAGGGUGUAGCAUAUUCUUUGCAUGAAACAGUAAGGUUAGAAUGGACAUAAAGAAACCUUAUUUUCAUAAUGUUUUUAUCGCUUCCUAACAAAACUUUUAUGAAGAUAAGGUUUACCGUAUUGUAACAGUAUAUGACGUUAAUAUGUGAAGGUUGGAAUAUAAUUUAAUUUGCAUCUUUCUUUGACAAUUUAAUUAUUUGCUUAAAAGAAGUUGUAUUCCAGCCGUUUGGGCAGUAAAUAUCACUGGCAAUACGUGAUAUAAAAUCUGGAAAGAUCAUGGUAUUUCUAAAUGUUUAUAUGAAAAGAAAAAGAAAUGAAACACAUUACACACAGAAAAGAACGAAACAAAACAAAAAAUAAAAUUAAAAAAAUAGAAGUAAGUUCUCUAACCUGUUUGUUUGUUUAUAAGGUUUUGAAUCAAGAGGUAUUGGAUGAUAGAGGGAAGUUUGAAGUUUCACUCUGAAAAAAUGAAAGUUUUGAAAAGUUGAAGACAAGAUAUCUGAAGAUGUUUGUCUUGCUCGAAUUUCGAAGAUCCAAAGGUUUUUCGCGCUUGUGACAAAGAAUAUGAUCCGAAAUCACAUUCAUUACCGGCUGAGAAGUCUCAAGCCUAGAAGAACUGCAAGACUCAAGACAGUACGAAAUCGUUGAUCGUCAGGCCCCCGACCUGGACAAGCCAGUGGUUGGGGGUGAAACUGGUCGAACGUUUCCGAAAAAUGUUCAAGAAGCAUCGAAAUCUUUUAUGAGUAGGGAAGAGCGUAAGGUGCUCCAAGGUUUAUACCGAUCAUAUUCUUUAUCAGUUGAUUUGGUUAAAUGACAUAUCCGUAAUUAGGUGUUUAUAAAAUAAAUAAACAUAUAAUACCUUUACCCCUAUUCCCUCCACCAUCCCAAAACCUCCUUAUAUAUCCUUAACGGUGACAUCCUAUUGUUUUCAUUUUGUAUAGGUAUAAGCAGCGGUCAUUCAUAUUGAAACUACUAAUAAACAGUGUUUUUGAUAUAAA